AUGCCGCCCCGCAAGGUCGACGUGAGGUUCAUCGAGAACGCGCGGUCGCGCGCCGCCAGGUACGCCAAGCGGUCCAAAGGCCUCCAGAAGAAGGCGUCGGAGCUCUCCACGCUCUGCGGCGUCCCCGUCGCGCUCGUCUGCGCCCCGGCCACCCCCGGCGCCGCCGGGGCAGGGGCUACGCUCGUGUGGGAGUCGGAGGAGGGCGUCCUCGAGCGGUACCGCGCCGCCGCCGCCGUCACGCCGGAUGCCCGCGCGCGGCACACGCACCGGAGCUACCUCGAGGCCGAGCUGGGCAAGGAGAGGGCCAAGCUCGCCAGGGCGCGGCCCGGCGCGCUGCCCGACUGGGACCCGGCGCUCAACGACAUGGCGCCCCACGAGGCGCGGGAGGUGCUCGAGGCCAUCGACUCCGCGCUGCAGGCCGCGCGCGACAGGAUGGCGGCUCUGGGCUUGCCCGCCGACGACCGGCUCGCGCUGGAACAUGUCGCGGCGCCCGGUGAUGAUGAUGAUGCUUCCGAGUCCGACGACGCCGCCGUCGCGCCGCAGUACCUCGCGCUGGGCUACGCCGGCUUCGAACCUCAGACGAUGACCUGCCACGGCGGGAGCAACGAGCACGGCGGCCAACUCGAGCAGUUCCUGAUGGAGCCGGAGCGCGGCCUCGAGUGCGUCGGCGGCGGCAGUAGCUCCUACUUGGGCCCCGUCGACGGCACGCAGGCGCCGGGCGGCUACGGCGGCAAUGCCGGUUACACCUGGCCCGAUCUGACCAUGUGCUACCCCGCCCACGGCUCGUGGAACGCGCCCAUGCCGGUUGGGUACUACCCCUACUUCGCCGACGGCGCUCUGGCCCCUGAGCACUACUCCUCCGCCCAGGACCUCACCGGCGGGGACUACGCCGACACGCUGCCGCUCGAGCACACCAUGGGCAUGGACGACAACUUCGCUUACCCCCACAUGGACAACACCUACGCGGCGCAUUGGCAGACCCAGGACUUCCAGCGCUCCCACACCGGCACCGGCCAGUAUCCCGGGACACGCGGCUCCGGCCAAGCCUUCCAUUAUCUCUACUAG